UUUAAUACAGCUGCCACUGGAGACAUGCCAUCUUACCAGCUUCGGACUCCCACUACUAACUUACCUCAGGGAGUGGUAAUGGCAGCCUCACCAGGGGCUCUGCAUAGUCCUCAGCAACUGGCAGAAGAGGCAACGCGCAAGAGAGAGCUGCGACUUAUGAAAAAUAGGUAAGAACACCUCAUUAAUAGAUGCUGUUGGGAAAGUAAAAAC